AUGACGUCACCCAGGACCGUCAAGGAAGUUCAAAAACUCACAGGAAGGAUAGCAGCUUUGAACAGGUUCGUCUCCAGGGCUACAGACAAAUGCCUGCCCUUUUUCAAGACCUUGAAGCAGGCUUUCGCCUGGACCGACGAAUGCGAAGCAUCAUUCCAGGAACUAAAGCGUUACCUGAGCAAUCCACCCCUCUUAAGCCCGUCCAAAGAAGAGGAAGACCUAUACUUAUACUUGGCAGUGUCAGCCUCGGCAGUAAGUGCGGCCCUGAUCAGAGAAGAGGGCACCAAGCAGCUCCCAGUUUACUACGUCAGCCAAGCCUUCCAAGGGGCUGAGUCCAGGUACCCAAGGAUUGAAAAGAUCGUGUUUGCGUUAAUAGUAGCCUCGCGCAAGAUAAGGCAAUACUUUCAGGCAAACCCCAUCCUCGUAGUAACGGACCAAACGAUCAAGAAAUCAAUGAAUAAGCCUGAGGCAGCCGGAAGAAUGGUCAAAUGGGCGAUUGAACUUAGUCAAUUUGACAUCGAGUACCAUCCCAGAACGGCGAUCAAGGCGCAAGCUCUGGCGGACUUCAUCGCAGAGUUCACACUUCCAGACGAAGACAGACUUACCGACGAAGUAGAUAGAUGGACGAUACAAACUGAUGGUUCGUCAUCCCAGAGGAAGGGGGGAGUAGGGGUCGUCAUAACCACCCCUGACGAAGAGGUGCUGAAAUAUGGGGUCCAACUAAAAUUUUCGGCUACCAACAACGAAGCUGAAUACGAGGGGAUACUGACGGGAAUGAGGCUUGGAAAGGCACUUGGAGCUAAGAACCUAUUAAUCCAAAAUUAUUCAAAACUAGUAAUCAGGCAGAUUAGAGGGGAGUACGAAGUAAAGGAAGAAAGGAUGCAGAAGUACCUCAGGCUGAUGAAACACCUAACUCGGGAAUUCGAUACAGUGGAGUUCGUGCAAAUCCCAAGAAGCCAGAAUAUGGGGGCAGACGAAGUCUCGAAACUAGCGUCAUCAGAAAAAGGGGAGAUUAGCAUGGAUUUGAUGAUGGAAAUCCAGAAACACCCCAGCAUUGAAGAGGUCUCGACAUUUACCAUCCAGAGCACAAACAGCUAG